UGUAACCCUCUACACACCAUCGCAUUUUUUACUCCCAAGCUCUCCCUACUGUUCAUCUUUCGGUCUUCACUUUCCUCAAAACAAACCAAUCUCACUAAAAAAACCACACAGAGAUAACAAAGAGCAACAUCAAGAGAAAAUGACGGAGGCAGUGAUAAGAAACAAGCCAGGGAUGGCAAGCGUGAAGGACAUGCCUGUUCUUCAAGACGGCCCUCCUCCUGGUGGUUUUGCUCCUGUCCGAUUCGCUCGUAGGAUCCCCAGCAAAGGUCCUAGUGCUAUGGCCAUCUUUCUCGCUGCUUUUGGUGCCUUUUCAUAUGGCAUGUACCAAGUCGGCAAGGGCAACAAGAUCCGCAGGGCACUUAAGGAAGAGAAGUAUGCUGCACGCAGGGCGAUCCUGCCUCUGCUUCAAGCUGAAGAAGAUGAAAGAUUCGUCAAGGAGUGGAAGAAAUAUCUUGAAUACGAGGCAGAAGUAAUGAAGGAUGUUCCUGGUUGGAAAGUUGGUGAAAGUGUCUAUAAUUCUGGGAGAUGGAUGCCCCCAGCAAGUGGCGAGCUGCGUCCAGAGGUCUGGUGACAAGUUUAUCUGCAUCUUGUUUUGGUGCAUGUCUAAUUGUCAAGCAUCUCGUUUUUUUCCUAUCAUCCAAGUGUCUUCUGUCACCAAGUGUUGUUUCGUUCUCAUGGAAUAAAAUUUAAGCAAUUAAUCUUCUGAGAUGCCCUGAAAAUACUGCCUACAGUAGUCUUGUUUCUUUCCUUUUCAUUGUAUCCUCAUUACCAGAAAAUCUUGAACAUAAAGAUUAAAAGACCUUUAGAGCA